AAAAACCAGCACCGCGAACCUGUGGCUCGCCGAAAGCCCAGGGUGCCUAACGGCACGCGCCUCCCGCUACCGCCGGGAGCGCUGGGAAGUCCAGCGCCGACGGUGUCGCAAAAGCGUCGCGAAGGCGUCCGUCCUUGGCGGCUCCGGGCCACCUGUAUAAGCGAAGCGUGCUGGGGUUUGAAAACUGCUAUGGAGGCGGCCGAGCUUCUCCAACGUUGCGGGGACUCUAUAGAAAGGCGGCCCGCCGGUGCCCCAGGCUGCUGAACUCUCGCCGCCUGUGUCCUCGCGGCGCGGCGGCAGGGCCAUGCUGGCUUUGCGCGUGGCGCGCGGCUCGUGGGGGGUCCUUCGCGGCGCGGCAUGGGCGCCAGGGGUGCGGCCGGGCAAGGGGCGCGCCCGCGGGGCUCUGCUACGCUCGGUGCCUGGCUGCCUAGGCUGCCUGGUGGAGCGCUGGUGGCUGCGCCCGGCCGCUCUCGGCCUGCGACUGCCUGGGGCCGGCCCACGGGGCCACUGCUCCGGCGCGGGGAAGGCGGCCCCCAGGCCCGCAUCUGGAGGGGACGCCGCCGCGGAGGCCCGGGGCGGCCGAUGGGGCCAGGCGAGCGCCGCUAGCCUGUAUGAAAACCCAUGGACAAUCCCAAAUAUGUUGUCAAUGACGAGAAUUGGCUUGGCCCCAGUUUUGGGCUAUUUGAUUAUCGAAGAGGAUUUUAAUAUUGCACUAGGAGUUUUUGCUUUAGCUGGGCUAACUGAUUUGUUGGAUGGAUUUAUUGCUCGAAACUGGGCCAAUCAAAAAUCAGCUUUGGGAAGUGCUCUUGAUCCACUUGCUGAUAAAAUACUUAUCAGUAUCUUAUAUGUUAGCUUGACCUAUGCAGAUCUUAUUCCAGUUCCACUUACGUAUAUGAUAAUUUCAAGAGAUGUAAUGCUGAUUGCUGCUGUUUUUUACGUCAGAUAUCGAACUCUUCCAACACCGCGAACACUAUCUAAGUAUUUCAAUCCUUGCUAUGCCACUGCUAGGUUAAAACCAACCUUCAUCAGCAAGGUAAACACGGCAGUCCAGUUAAUCUUGGUGGCAGCUUCUUUGGCAGCUCCAGUUUUCAAUUACGCUGACAGCAUUUAUCUUCAGAUACUGUGGUGUUUCACAGCUUUCACCACAGCUGCAUCAGCUUACAGUUACUACCAUUAUGGUCGAAAAACUGUUCAGGUGAUAAAAGGCAGAUGAAAGCCAUCGAUCAUCAUUAGCAAGGAAGCAGUGUACAUCAUUGGUGGCAGGGCAAGUGGAAUCUACGGGAGUUUCCGUAGUUCGGGGUUCACCUGGCAAAAGGACUUGUCAGAACAAACCAUGUCAUCAAAAUUUAAGUAAUGUGCAUUGAAAAUAAGUUUGAUCAGGGGCAUAUGCAGAAUUUCCAAUGUACUUUUAAAUACAAAUAAAACUAUAAUUUAGAAUUUUUUUAUCUUAGGUUUCUUGGUUAAUUUAUAAGGUACCAAUUAUUCCAAUGAUCGUCAGUCACUUUUUAAUACAUUUUUAAGAAACAUAGUCCAGAGUAUGGAAACUGGAGUUGCCACUUCUGUUUAACAGAAUUUAGAUGGCUUACAAAGCACUAGGGAAUUUCCUGGGUUUAAGGAUUUAUCCGACACAACUUGGCCACACAGUCUUAUGUUUGAUUUUUAGAACUGUGCACAUUAAUAGUUUGUGUGGUUUAUACUUGAUCAUUUAGGAUAAUGACAAUAAAGGUAGCUUAGUUGUGGAUGAAGUAACCUUGUAAAGAGAUUUAAAAUGCAGUAAGUUUUGAAAAUAAUAAGACCACAUCAGAAGGUAUUAAGUUCAUGUUCAGUAGUCUUCCAACCUCUCAGGUGCCUACUAGUCUAUGUAUCAGGAUAGCAAGUGACAAAGGUGGUUGAAAUACGAAAGCAUGUCCAUUAGCCUACACCGUGAGGCAGUGAGUUACACCAUGCCUUCCGCUGUUUCUAACGUAGCAAUGUUUGUAUGAUGUUGGAACCUGUACUCACAUGUUAUGUAAAUAAUAUGAAACUGUAUAUUUUUCAAAGGUUUUUUAAAUUUGGGUGUAUCUUUUGUUAAGAUAUUAAAGGAAUAAAAGAGCUGGAAAAGUA